UUUUGUCGACAACAGCUACCGAAUUUCAAGGGAGGAAGAGGAACAAGAAACAUAUCUUCUCCCGUCCAUUCUUUCGUUCAUUCAUUCGUUCAUCCUGCAACAGAAGGGCGUCAAUUGACGGAAUAAUUAGGAACCAUUCUGCCCAGGUUCGAUUCCUGGAGCAUCUAUGGUGUAGAGCAGUAGGGCUUUUCGAACGUGGGUCGCGCGUUCGAGCUUGUUUGGUCAAUGAGCUUCGGCGGGCGAGAAAGAGGAAGAGAGUAAUAUGAACGGUACCUGUGAGAGGGGUGCGAACGGAGUUUGCAGCAAGGGCAUGAACAUUAAUUGCGGGAGUAGUGGUGGGUCAGAGAUUCGAACCAGUAGCGGCAAACGAAAUACGGUCAUAAGCCUGCAAUGGAACUCGAAGCAGAGGCUUCUGCCCGUGGGGUUGUUUGCAAGUGUAGGGCAGGUGAGCGUGGGGGUUCCGCCUUCGAGUCCCGCCGAUGACAGGCAGAUUCGAAGGAUGGUCUCGGCCGCGGCACCGAUGGCGAAGGGAGUGCCCGAGGCGACGCCACCGGAUGUGGCCUUGGGCAGCCGCUAUCUUACCGCCUCGGCCUCGGAAUUUGGGUUCAAGACCAUGAUUUCUCAGCCUGAGAUUGUGGGCCUGGAGGAGGAGUCUAGUAAUGAGAAGAAGAAGAAGGAGGUGGUUGUGGUUAAGAGUGGGAAAUGGGGUUUAAAGGUGCGGGUUGGGAAUGCUGCUCUGAAGCGGCUGCUGAGCGGGGCCAUUGCCGGUGCUGUUUCGAGGACGGCUGUGGCACCGUUGGAGACAAUAAGGACGCAUUUGAUGGUGGGUAGCAGCGGGAAUUCCAUGACCGAGGUGUUUCACCACAUUAUGCAGAAUGAGGGUUGGCAGGGUUUGUUUAGAGGGAACGGCGUCAAUGUCAUCCGAGUCGCCCCCAGCAAAGCUAUUGAGCUUUUUGCAUAUGAUACAGUGAAGAAAUUCCUGACCCCCAAACCAGAGGAGCCCCCACGUAUUCCUUUUGCUAUCUCACCUGUUGCUGGUGCAACUGCAGGAGUGUGCUCUACAGUAUGCACAUAUCCUCUUGAGCUGUUGAAAACUCGAAUGACUAUACAGAGAGGUGUAUAUGAUAAUCUUCUAGAUGCAUUCAUGAAAAUCAUUCGGGAGGAAGGUCCCGCUGAACUAUAUAGGGGUCUUACACCAAGUGUGAUAGGAGUUGUGCCAUAUGCUGCAGCAAACUAUUUUGCCUAUGAAACACUAAGAAAAUUAUAUAGGAAGGUUACUAAGAAGCAGCAAGUAGGGAACCUAGCAACUCUUUUUAUUGGUUCUGCAGCAGGGGCUAUUGCAAGUAGUGCUACAUUCCCUCUGGAAGUUGCCAGAAAACAAAUGCAAGUAGGAGCCCUUAGUGGAAGACAGGUUUAUGAUAAUUUGUUCCAUGCGUUAUCUAGUAUAUUAGAAAAAGAAGGCGUAGGUGGUCUAUACAAGGGUUUAGGCCCGAGCUGCAUGAAGCUGGUUCCUGCUGCAGGUAUUUCUUUCAUGUGUUACGAGGCCUGCAAAAGGUUACUUAUUGAAGAUGAUAGCUGAAACGUGAUUUAUUAGCUGGGAUGUGAAGCUUCUUACCUGUUUUCAGCUGUAGCUGCAUGGAAUAAAAUUGGCAUCAGUACAAUUGCAACAGCAACAUACUGGUUUCAUAUAUGAGUUUGCACAAGUAAUUCAGACUUUCCCAAUGAAGCUGCACUGCCAGUUAAAUUGAUCAGGAGUUAAUAUUCUUUAUCAGCGAUUUGGCCUUUGCCUGGGAAGCUUAUGUGUUUGCAAUAAGCUAACACACAAGUGCUGGAGGAAUUCCUGGAAGUUAAGUGGCUGGGAAAUUUUAAUUCUUUUCAAUAUGGUUCUUAGGUAGGUAGUACUUGCCGAGUUUUGUCAAAACUAUUAUAUUUUAUAUUGUAGACGAGUUUUGUUGUCUCACAUACAAGCAAGAAUCAUUCUGUAGCUGGGCAUGCAAAAACUGGGGAAUUGAACUUCUUGACAAGUUUAUUGACCUCUGGCUUACAGAACAACUCCUGGAUUUGAUAUAUCAUUUUUAGGAACUUGCUUAGUGUUACUGUUCACCAUAGAAAUAAUUCUCCUCUUUGUAGACAAGGAGUCAGUCUUUUUUUCUUUACAACUUUGAGAAUCAUCUCUGAGGUAUUAAAAUAACUUCCUUUCAGUUAUGUCAUUUUUUGAGGUUAGACAUGAGAGAAGUAGGGUCAGGAGCGAAACUGUUUUCAUUGUUAAGAAAAAGGAAAGAAAAUUUCCUCAGAACCAUAUUCAUAAUAACGAUGGUCAUGGUAAUAAACCAUUUAUAUAAUAAAUGACUUGAACAAUCAUUUUGAAAUAUCCUGCUCACCUUAUGGGUGUGAGUUGCCCUUCACUAUUUGUAUAAGAGGACAAAGAUCAAAUAAAAUUCUUGGUUGGACAUUAAUAUUUAA